UGAGUUUUUCUAGUGGGAACAUUAUAAUCUUUUCUUUUAUCAUAUUUUUUUAGUUUUUUCUUUUGUAACAGGGAUAUUUUCUACCCCAAAUUGGUCACAAAAUUGCCCUAAUUGUCUCUUCUCAUUAAGAUUAUUUUUCUUAAUUUGUCUAUCAAGUUUUAUCUCAUUGCAAAGAGAUAAUCCUUCUUGGAUACAGAAUCCUAUUAAUUUACCAUAAGUAAAAUUAUCAUAAUUGAUAUUAAUAUUUCCUUUUCUUAAUUGGGUUCUUACUCUUUCAGCAAAGAGAUAAGGUAACCCAUCUAUGAAUUUAGACUUCCAAUGAGCACUAUUACUUUCUGGGAGUUCCAUAACUCUACUUAAAAAAGUAUCUUUAUACCAUCUAAAAUUAGUAAGAGUUUUGCAUCUUAAAUUUUGAAGUAGUGUUCUAAUAGUCUCACUAUUAUCAGAUCAUCUUCCUGUAAAGUGUUCCAUAAUAUUUAUGACAAGAGUAUAAACAGAAUUUUCUGUAAUAUUAUUGUCUUCUGUUUUUACCGAGGUAAGAAUAAUAUUUCUAUUUUAUGCGGUGAGAUAAUUAUCCCACCAACCUUUUAACUGACCUGUGAAGCCUGCUGUUAUCAUUUUUGCAAUUUGGCUAUCAGUAUUACCAAGAUUUUUUGCCACAGUACUAUACAUGAGCAUUCUAUGGAUAAUAUUUUGAAUGUGCCUAUCGUUAUAACCAUCAAUAUUCCAUUCAUAAAUAUUUUUUCCAUUAUAAGAAUUAUUUAUCGUAUACUCCUGUUCUUCAAUAAGGACAUCCUGGGGGAGUUGGUCUAUUAUAAUAAUAGUCAAAAGAACUAUGCUACGGUUGUUAAAGAAAUCCUGGCUAUCCUUAAAUGCGUUUUGAAAUUUCAAGACGAUUUAUAUAAUAAGAGUUUUUUAAUAAAAACAGAUUGCCAGGCAGCAAAAUUUCUGUUUGAUAAAGAUUUUAAGCACGGUGUUUCUAAGCAGAUGUUUGCUAGAUGGCAAGCGCAACUUGCUCCUUUUGAUUUUGAAAUUAUUUAUAAAAAAGGAUCGGACAAUAAUUUACCCGAUUUCCUAACUAGAGAAUUUAUUACUAAUGGUUAAUCCAUAUAGGAUUUGCUAUAACCAGGAGAUACGUGAUCUCCAAAAUAUGAUUUUAAAUUAUAAGAUUAGAAUAGAAGAACUUGAUAGAGAAAGGUAUUAUAUUAGAAGGUGGCGCCCGGCUACUUCCCUCGGACCUAUCUUGGAGGAAACUCUUAAUCUCAGAAGACUUAUAAGAGAUUGUGAGAGAAAAAUUAAUAUAAUUAUUCUCAUUGGUUUAACCUAAAACGUUUCAUUUUGUAGUUAUGCUCCCCAGAGGAAGAGGCCAAAGGAGCCAAUACCCUUCCUUUUAUAAAGGAAGAGGAGGUGGAAUCCCCAUCAUUCAGCAUGGUAAUAAGAAACUUUUUAGGGAAAAUAUCACAGGUAUCGACCAACUGGAAGAUAAUCCAGAAUUACUUCAGAAAGUUCAGGAAUAUCUGAACUCAAAAAAGGAUAGUGAGGGAACCUCAUCAUCUUGGGCUAAUAAAGUACAAGGUUCAACAUCCUAUGCUGAGGUAAUAACUUCAUCAGAAGAGAAAGAAAAGUAUAUUCCUUCUCCCUUCAAAGAUAUCAUUAUCUUCCUUGAAACUCAUGACCUUAAAUGGGAAAAAGAGCCUUGGAAGCUUAUGCAGCGUUAUAUGGAUACAACAUCAUAUGCUGCUCCUGCUUAUAAAAAAAGAAUUUUUUAUGAAGAAUUCCUGACAAGUAUGGGAGCUUGUGAGAUCAGGCAUUUCAAAACUUAUAAGGAGGCUAAAGUUUAUAAUUUUAGCAGAAUAAUAAUUAAGCAAAUAAUAACAGCUGAAGAUUGGGGUUUUGGAACCCUAAGAGAAAGAGAAUGUCAGAUUAAGAAUAAUAAUGGUGGCAGAGAAGUUAUAAACUUCAAUUAUUGGGAUAUAAAGGAAGCUUAUUAUAAAACCUUCUUUUACCAAAAUCCUUAUCAUAAACAUUCGUGGUGGAUUAAAAUCUGCCCAAAAGUCUAUGAACAAGGACUGCCAACCUGGAUAUAUGACUGGUGGCAGACCUUUGGAACUUCUGAGAAAAUACUUCCAGAAGAAUUUAAAUCCUUAUUUUUCAAAUGGAAACAUGUUUCUCCUGCAUUAAUAGAAGCAGAGAAUCAAAAUAGAUUUUUCCAUAAUAUGGAGACUCUUCAUUUUUAUGCAGAGUUUGGCAUCCCGUGGAUCUGGAAAUGGGAACCAGAAAUUGGUUUUGAUCAUAACAAUGUUCCGUGCCUUAAAAGGCAGUUCUCCACUAGGUUUUGGCCUACAAUGAUGGAGAAGGACAAGUCAGGAGAUAUCCAAGGUCUCCAGACUCUUCAAUUAAUAAAAGAAAGAGUUUCUUUUUAUAAAGAACAAAAGAGAGUUAAUAAAUCUCUGAAAAAAGACAUUACUCCUUUUGAAGAAUUCUUGAGGAAGAAUAUCUCAAAAAUGAAUGAGAAGGAACUUAUAGCAAAAUAUAUGGCUAGUAUUGGAAAAGACAUUGAUCAUAUGGAUGAAGAUGAAAACGAAGAAGGAGAUACAGAUAUUAAUUCUCCAGAACUCUCUCCAAACAAUGAUGAGCAUAAAAAUUUUAGGGAUGCUCAGGAUCCAUACGAAGAAGAAGAAGGCUUCUCAACAGAAGAUAAUUUUGAGAACUUCAUCAAGAUGAUCGAGAAAACGCCAGAUAAGGCAAAUGGGAGCCAACAAAGUGGAAAGAUGAAAGAAUAAAGGGUGCAAGCACUUUCGUCAGCCCUUACGUCAGCUGGAAAAUUAUAAAUUUCAAAUCCGGAUUUGAAAUCCGACUUUUGUUGUCUUUAAAUAAGGUCUUUUGAUAGGAAGAGAUCAGGAUCUCAUGUGUUGAGAUAAGAACUCUCUCUCUCUCUCUCUCUCUCUCUCGUAUCCCUCCAUCCUUACUCUUUUGUAAGAUAUCCUUCGGGAAAAGUUUAGCAAUAUAUAUUUUGUAAGUUUCCUCUACUCCUCUGUUUUUAAGUUUUUAUUUAUGAUUGGCUAAGUUUAUAAGUAUUGGAUAAACUAGACGAUAAGAUACUAAGGAAUUAAUUAUGGAAAUAUAAUUUUAAUAUCGAAAGGAAGAUAUAUCCAGGUUUGAUUAAUUAUUGAUUUUUAUGGCUAUUUCCUUGGGUCUGGAUUCGCCCGUUGCUGCCAAUGCUUUGGCGUUUUCUUGGGCUUGCCUCCAUUGACAUAGGAUGACUGGCCAUUUUAAAACAAUAAGAAAUCAGUAAAAUACCUUUUGAUAUAUUUAUCCUUCCCUUAUUAGGAUGAUAAUUCUAUAAUUAUGGCAUCCCCUUUACGAUCCUCAAGGUUAUGACCUUGAAAGAUGGUAUCGUAUGAUUGCUCUCUCUUUGAAAAAGGUCAUUUAUCAUGCUAGCUGUGCUGCUACCAAGAACAACUGACAAAAUGUUAUAGUCUCUACAGGUGGAUUUUCCAUCUACAGACUAUUAUGGGUCCAUAUAAUGUACUCCCUGUAAUAAUUUUGCAUUCACCAGCUAAUGUGCAGAAUGGCCUACUAAUUUAUGGAGUAGUUGAUGGCAACUUACACUUAAAGUAAAAGAGAUAGAAAAAAAGUAUUUGUAACAUGAUUAGUAUUUGUUAGUGAAAAAUAGGUUUCCUGUCAUAAAGGUACUCCUAUUUUACAUAGACAUAUCAAUUUAGAUAAAUUUAAUUUUAUUAAAAUUUUGGUAACUAGGUAUGUACUAAUCAUUAAAUCGGAUGAUUAUUGCAUCUCCCUAAAGUCAGGGUGAUUAUUAAUCAUCCCAAUUCAUAAUUUAAGAAUAUUAUGCGUUGUGAAAAUUUAGUCAUACUAAUAAUCUUUUAAGUUAUUCUACACCACAAUCAAUCCAAACACAAAAGUAAAUAAUUACUUAUGUUAUUAUAUGAAUAUUAUUUAACUCAUUCAUCAUACAAAACGUCCUCAUAAUAUUUUUUUAACAUCCAAUCUUAUUUAUCAUAUGAAUCUUGUCUAUCUCAUGUACCAAAUGCUCUCAUAUUGUUCUCUUUUAUGUCUCCCUUAAUGUUAAGAGAGAUAUACUAAAUCAACAAAAAAUAACUAUUUUUUUCUAGUUGAAAAAAAGAAAGUAGUGAAGUUUUGUAUUUUAAUAUGAAUAUGUUUUCCCACGUCAUAUUAAUGUGAUUAAAACAAUAUAUUCUUUCUUUGUAAUGAUAGUACUAAUAUUUACAAGCCGACAAGUGAUAAGUAGUGAUUUCUUUAAUAAAAUAUCUCGACUGAAUAAUCGUCGUUGACGACAAACGAUUAUCAGUUGUGGUUUCUCUCUCCACUGAUAGUUAGUACUCCCUCCGUCCUGGGCUACUCGCCCCUUUUCUUUUCGGCACGGAGAUUAAGGAAUGAGUGUAUAGGAAAGUAAAAAAUGACGGCUAUAGGUGAACAUUUUUACUAAAAAUGGAAAGAGUGCAAGUAACUUGGGAUGCCCAAAAAGGAAAUAAGUGCGAGUAGCUUGGGACGGAGGGAGUAUAAUUUAUCAGUAUUAUAAAAAACUAUUAAACUCUAUAAUUUUGGUAAUUUCUUUUAAACAAAAUAUACCUCAUUUUUGCAUUAAAUUCCCGACAAAUGAUUUUUUUUAUAUAUCAGAUGUUUUUAGUACGGCAGAAUCUCAGCCAUUUAUGCAGCACCCCACCAUGCUACGGAAAAGCCACUUUCAUUAAAGUGGACAAAUUGCACCACUCAUUGUUAAUUACAAUUUGCUUAUAUGGUGUCGAAUUAUCAAACAAUUACUCUUACAAUUUGAAAGGAUUAAAAACCAUAAAGUUAAUUAAGGAAAGAUAGUCCUGAAAUUUUGUGAGGGUUCAAAGAUUGGAUUAUAUUGUUACAUUUUCAACUUGUACGCUAAGGUUUUAGAAUAUAUACCUACCUGAGCUACCUCUCCUCUCUCUCUCUCUCUCUCUAUAUAUAUAUAUAUAUAUGUAUAUAGGGUAUAUAUAUAUAUAUAUACACUCCAUGAAACAUGUUAAUUAGACUUUCCUAAAACACGCAACUUGAAUGAAACAACUCAUACAAACUUUGUUGUGCACGUCAAAUUAAUUAAGGCGUAGUAGUAGAUUAAGUUAUCACAUGAAGAUGUAUUUGCGUGUACGUCAAAUUAAUUAAAGGUUUAGUAUAUAUAUACUUUAAUAAUUAAAGAUAAAAAAAGGUAGAAGAGAAG